AUGGACAGCCCGAAGACCGGCUCCAUUUCCUCCAGCGGCGGCGGCGGCGGCAGUUCGCAUCGCCGCAAGCUCACCAAGAAGCCUCCUCCAUCCCACUUCUCCCACCACAACCACAACCACAACCACAACCACAACCACAACUACAAUCAUAACAAUCACUACUUUCACCACAACCACAGCAACCGCCGGCCGCAGCAGCAUGACCACGAGCAACCGCUUGGCGGCCGUCGUCAUUCCAGCUCAACCUUCCGUUUCGGUGGUGCUGACAAUCGUCUUGACACGCGAUCUCUAGGGAGCAAGAAAAGCUCGACCAGUCUCAGACAGGCGCCCAGCAGCACUCCGAGCACCCCCAUCACCCCUCACACUACAAACGCUGCUCCUCCUCUCCCUUUAGCUUUCACCUCCUCCAACAAUAAGUCGCUCGCCCCAUCUGUUGUCUCGACAAACGCAUCCGACUCCCCCUCGACCGGCCUCUCCUCUUUCUUCUCCUCGUCCGCAGCCCGGUCGCACACGACGUCCACGGCGUCCACAACACCCCUCUACUCGUCGCAGUCCCGGCCGAUCGCCGCGUCGUCGCAUCUCAAUUCCUCAUCAUCCGUGCACGCCCGCACUGACGUGCAGCAGCAGCUUCGUUCCGACCCGCCGCCCGCUCUGCUACCCCUCAGUUCCACGAGUUCGGACGACUUGAUUGGUGAUCCCUUUGACGGCACAGCACUCAUUGAGCGCAUCGAGGCCAUCCGGUCAUCGACCCUGCUGAGCAGCAGUUACCAAAGCGACGAGCACAGCAACGGCGCGCCGAAUCCCAACAACAGCGAGAGCCACAACUUCGACUACAAAAACAGCAGCAGCUCUGCGGACGGCAAGAGGAGCGCCACUGCUGCUGUCAACAAUUCCCGCCCACGUGAUCCUGCGAACAAGGAACGCGAUAUAACCCAAAAGUGGCAGGAUCGGCCCAGCAACAGCAGCGAACGCAGCGAUUGCCAUUCCCAGGCAAGGCACGCGACGACUCCCCGCACACCACUUAUGGGGCAUUCGCCGCCAACCCUGCGCCAAUCGGCAACUUUCCCCGCAACAACCACUCUGCCCAUCAUGACCGAGAAAGGGGGUGCGUCCAAGACGGACGCGCCGAAGCGCUACUCAGACGAGACCAAGGAGAGCAAGCUCCCAAGCGUGCUACGGAAGAAGACUGGCUUUUCUGGCUUUAUGAACAGCUUGGUCGGCUCGCCCAAGAAGCCGAUUAUAUCAGCACCCGAGAACCCGGUCCACGUCACCCAUGUUGGCUACGACAGCGCGACCGGCCAAUUCACGGGCUUGCCAAAAGAGUGGCAACGACUGCUCAACGAGAAUGGCAUCACCGAGAAGGAAACAAGAGAACACCCCCAAGUGGUGGUCGAUGUGCUCACAUUCUACAAAGAGACCCAAGAGAAGCCCCCGGUAGAACAGCAGUUAGAAAAGUUCCACGAUGCUCGUGUCGGUCUACUUCCAGGCCACAGCCCGCUCUCUCCUUUGAUUAGCCCGCCUGCAAGUCCGCGAUUCCCAAACGUCACUCAAGAUGGCAGUUUCGAAAAUCCCCGCGCCCCCCCGCCUGUACCAGGGAAGGCCCCCGCUAUCCCGGCAAAAGACUUGAACCUCAUGCCAAGUCGGCCAGCGCCCAAGCCUCCAACGGCAACUGCACCAAGGACGCAGCCGACAUAUCCUACGAAAGACUCGGGCAUUGGCAUGUCCCAGCCUGGCGAAGAUGGCGCACCCUCAUACCUCCCACCUAAGGACAAUGUUCCUAUGCUUCCCGAAGAGCACCGGUCGCGGUCACGGUCCAACUCGCGUGCAAAUGGCACCUCUCCUUACAUGCCGACGCAGCCAUCACCUGCAGUCACAUCCCCCACAAGUCAAACCAUUGCGUAUCAACAGCAGCUCCUGCAGCAGCAUCAGGAGCAAGCAAUGGCCCAGGCACAAGCUAUGGCGAAUGGUCAGCUCGGUCGUCAAUUAAGCAAGAGACAGCAACCCACUCCCCCAUCCUCUCAACCCCCACAUCAAUACGGACAGCAUCAUGGGCAGAUACCGAGAACAGAUGGUCAGGUUAUUCCUGCGCAACAGCCUAAACUUCCUCAGCAACAACAACAACAACAGCAGCAGCAGCAGCAGCAGCAGCAGCAGCAGCAGCAGCAUCCCGGCGCGAGACCUCGGCACAGACCACGGCAAAGCAACAGCAUUGAUGUUAUUGCAGCUCUCAAGAGAAUAUGCUCUGAGGGUGAUCCUCGUGAGAUCUACCGUGGCUUCACGAAGAUCGGACAAGGUGCAUCAGGUGGUGUGUACACAGGUCAUGAGCGUGGCUCCAACCGGCUGGUGGCUAUCAAGCAGAUGAACUUGGAGCAGCAGCCCAAGAAGGAUCUAAUCAUUAACGAGAUUCUUGUCAUGAAGGAGAGUUCGCACCCCAACAUUGUCAACUUCAUUGACAGCUAUCUCUGCGGUGGUGAACUAUGGGUUGUGAUGGAGUACAUGGAGGGCGGUAGCUUGACGGAUGUGGUUACAUUCAAUAUCAUGACAGAGGGUCAGAUUGCGAGCGUGUGCCGCGAGACCCUGAAGGGCUUGCAGCAUCUUCACUCGAAGGGCGUGAUUCACAGAGAUAUCAAGUCAGAUAACAUUUUGUUGAGCAUGGAAGGGAAUAUCAAGCUGACCGACUUUGGCUUCUGUGCUACCAUCAAUGAGGUGCAGAAUAAGCGCACUACCAUGGUCGGCACCCCAUAUUGGAUGGCUCCCGAGGUGGUCACCCGGAAGGAGUACGGUCGCAAGGUCGAUAUUUGGUCGCUCGGCAUCAUGGCUAUAGAGAUGAUCGAGGGCGAGCCCCCGUACCUGACAGAGUCUCCGCUCCGUGCUCUGUGGCUGAUCGCUACCAACGGCACGCCUCAGAUCAAGAAUGAGCAUGAACUCUCACCGGUCUUUAGGGACUUCCUCUACUUCGCCCUUAAGGUGGAUCCGGAGAAGAGAGCGAGUGCCCACGAUUUGCUGAGGCACGACUUCAUGAAGAUGUGCGUUGACUUAUCGACCCUCGCGCCCUUGGUCCGGGCUGCAAGAGAGGCCAGGGCACAAGAGAGGGCUCGUAAGGGUCAUCAAUGA